UUGUAUGGGCGAUGGGUGCAGCCUGCGGCGCGUGCGACCCCCAGCUCGAUGGAUGCCGCGUGGAAGCCCAUUCCACCGGACGGCAGCUGUAAACUGCUCGGCCCUGUGCUUCCCAUCGGCUCCACAUCGGCAGACGGCUCGGCUCCGCAUCGACUCAGGACUCAGCCCUGCCUUCCCAGCGCGGCCCUCCUCUCCUCUGACUCCGCAGUCGCCAGAGCACGGCGCGGCCUGUACCCGCGGUGUCCGGGGAGGUCGCGAACGACGACUGGGCGGCUCGACGAGGCGCGUCUGGUGCAGCGCCUGCAGCAGUGGUCGCCUGCGCAGACGGGCAGGGAGAGGAGAGGGAGACGGGAGUGGCGGCGGCGGAUUGGGAGGAGCUCCAGAGGUGGCGGCGGCGAAUUGGGAGGGGCUCCAGAGGUUUGCGCCGUCCUCUCGGCGACAUGAGCCUCUGCCUGGGCGCCCUCGCCGUCCACUACGACAGACCCUAUGGAUUUGGAUCAGUUUGGAUACUCUGGGAAAUUGGAGCGAUAUGGAUUUGCAAGAAACAGGAUGUGGCACCUGCUGCAGCAGCGUGACCCAUCUGACAUGAUUCAGGAACUAUGGGAUUCCUUGAAGAACUGAAAGUGUGCAUGAAUGUAGAUGUUUCAGAAGUACGGAUAGGUUGUCAACAAUUGUAUCAGUGUUGAGUUCAUUGAUACCUGUGAAAAUAGUGGUUCACAAGAAUAAUGUAAAAUGUGAUUUGUAUCUGAAAUAUAUUUGGAUGUUUUGAAA